AUGGAGUCGUCCGCCAACGGAUCCAGCUUUGGGAUCGACUCGCUGCUGUCCCACAGGCCGGGAAGUCCGGUGUCCAAAGGGGACAGCCUGGUCGGAGAGUGCCGCUCGCCCCUGGAGUUCAGCCCGAGGUCGGACGUGGAGAGCGGCUGCUCGUCGCCUCCGUCGCCGAGGAGGGAGCUGGUGGACGAGGGGAACCCGAGGCAAGGUCACGGCGUGGGCCUGCCGCCGCACCUGCAGCACGCACAGAUCUCUGCGGGGUCGCAGCAGAGGACCGUGACCUCGUCCUUCCUCAUCAGAGACAUUCUAGCGGACUGUAAGCCUCUGGCCGCCUGCGCGCCCUACUCCAGCAAUGGGCAGCCGACCCAGGAGGGGGGGCGGCUGGCCUCGAAGAUAGCCGAAGACUUUAUGGAGAAAAUCCACAGCAACUCGUCGUCAGACAGUGAAUAUAAAGUGAAAGAGGAGGGGGACAGGGAGAUCUCCAGCAGCAGAGACAGCCCUCACGUCCGGAUGAAGAAGCCCAGGAAGGCCCGCACGGCCUUCACCGACCACCAGCUGGCGCAGCUGGAGCGCAGCUUCGAGAGGCAGAAGUACCUGAGCGUCCAGGACCGCAUGGAGCUGGCGGCCUCCCUCAACCUCACGGACACACAAGUCAAGACCUGGUACCAGAACCGGAGGACGAAGUGGAAGAGGCAGACAGCGGUGGGACUGGAGCUGUUGGCGGAGGCUGGGAACUACUCCGCCCUGCAGAGGAUGUUCCCGUCCCCGUACUUCUACCCGCAGAGCCUGAUGUCCAACCUGGACCCCGGGGCGGCCCUCUACCUGUACAGGGGCCCCACGGCGCCGCCGCCGGCCCUGCAGAGACCCCUGGUGCCGCGGAUCCUGCUGCACGGCCUGCAGGGAGGCAGCGAGCCGCCGCCGCUGCCCCCCAUGUCCGGCGUGCUGUCCCGGCCACCUCAGCAGCGGUGA